AUGAGAGACAUGGUGAAUACAAAAUUAGAUGAGGCGUUGCUGCUGAAAAGUGUAUUGAUUGGCAAUGAUGGUGGCAGAAAAAUCGCCAGGCUACACAACGAUCGAUUUCGCGCAACCCACACAAUAUAUAUCCUAUUUCUACUAUCCUUGGCAAUUCUGCAAUUUAUUGCUAUAGCAUUUUUUGCUAGAGGGUUUUUACUUACAAGAAAGGUGCUAGAUGAUGCUGCUACUUUUGCAGGGUAUGAGAAUAGACACUAUGGUAAAUUCAAUAAAACGGUAAUAUUAGUUGUUGAUGCACUAAGGUUCGACUUUGUCAUACCAGUAGAUAAUUCUUCAGCAAAAUAUAAUCCAAACUAUCACAAUAACCUGAAAGCUCUGUAUGAUUAUUCCGAGAAUUCCGUGUUACUGAAGUUUAUGGCUGAUCCGCCGACUACAACGUUGCAAAGGCUAAAGGGCUUAACUACUGGGUCCUUGCCUACUUUUAUUGACGCUGGAUCUAAUUUUAAUGGUGAUACUAUCGUUGAAGACAAUCUUUUAAUGCAAAUGCAUCAAAAUAAUAAGACCGUUUUUUUUGUAGGGGAUGAUACUUGGGAAGCACUAUUCAAUCCAUAUCUAUCCGAAAAGAGUGAGCCUUACGAAUCUUUAAAUAUAUGGGAUUUUGACACGGUAGAUACCGGCGUGAUUUCAUACUUCCAGCAGCAUUUAAUAAAUAAUAAGAAUGAAACAAAAGAAUGGGACGUGCUAAUUGGGCACAUGCUGGGCAUAGAUCAUGUUGGCCAUAAAUAUGGACCAAGUCAUUAUAGCAUGCUUGAGAAGCAAAACCAAGUGGACCAGUUUAUUCGUAGUAUAAUAGGUUCAAUUGAUGACGAUACAUUACUGGUAGUAAUGGGCGACCAUGGAAUGGACCAUACAGGGAAUCAUGGGGGAGAUUCAAAAGACGAGUUAGAGUCAGUUUUAUGGCUUUAUACUCCAAAGAAAGAUGUCUGGAACCGUAAGGACCCCAAAUUUUACAAUCUUACUGACGCUGGUGCAUCAUACCCCCAAGUUAAUCAAAUUGAUUUGGUCCCAACCUUAUCGUUACUUUUAGGUUUACCAAUUCCAUUCAAUAAUUUGGGUUGGCCAAUUGACGAAAUUGCAUCAACCGAGAAAGAACGCCAAUUUUUCAACUAUCUGACUCUCCAACAGCUUGAGAAAUAUAGAAAGACUAGUCAGAUUACUACCGGAACUGCGAAGGACAAAGUGCUUGAUCGGCUUUACACAAACGCUAACGUAUCAAUGAAAGGUUCAUCAGAAUACCAAGAAAUUCUUUUAGAGGCUUGCAAAGAUCAAUGGGCUAGGUUUGACUACCAUAGCAUUGGUCAUGGUAUUUUACUCUUAGUGUUAUCUUUGAUACUACUAAUCACAGUCACUCGUCUGAUACCUUCAAUUGUAGUUGGGAAAAUGGUCUCAGAGCUUGUAUCAAAUAUUUUUAUGAUGACGUUAAUUUCUAAUGUCUGCUACCUAGGAACUUUCUACGUUUUAGGUCAACCUGAAUUUCUCUCCGGCUGGUUUUGGUCUUCUUUGCUCGCAACUGCAUCUGGGAUAGUUGUAGGAUGCUUUGUUUCUAUAUUUGAUCGCUAUAACCUGACAUGGUUGGCAUUCAGAUUUAUUGAAGAGUUUUCAGAUUAUUGGUCUAGAAUUGCAGCUAUGUUAAUUACAUUGCACGCAGUUUUAUUCACAUCUAACUCUUUCGUCAUAUGGGAAGACAAAAUUGUAAGCUUUCUACUCAUUACAUUUGGUGUGCUGUGCCUCUAUGAAUUUACAUUUCUCCCAAGAAGACAAUAUACAACAGCAAUAUUGGCUGCAGGUCUAGGAGACAAACAGGGUACUGUUUCAGGCGCAACAUCAGGACAAGCGAAUUCUGAGGCAUUACCUCUUGGAAGAUUUGCAAGGAUUAUUGGUGGGUACCAUUCAAUUGUUCUAAUACUCUGCACUCGAUUAGCUUCUAUGAUAACAAUUUGCAGAGAGGAGCAGGGUCAAUUCUGUACGCCAAAUUUCAAUUCGGACAAUAAUUACUCAUUAACAGUGAUUUCGAUCUGUUUAUUGUUGGUAUUCGCAACUCCAUCAUGCGUAAAAGGUUAUUAUAAUAUUUCAUCUUCAUACCAAACUGCUGCGCCAUUGUGGAUAGGAAUGUUAAUGAAGUCUGUACUAUUCAUGAAUUUCAUAUAUUGGGCAUUAACUGCAUAUGAAAAUUCACCGGGAAACGAACUAUUGGAUUUCGGGAUCUUUAAAUUGACUAUAUCCAGGAUAGUAUUCGGGAUUUCUUUGAUAGCUGCUAAUGUUGGGUGGAUGAUGGGUCCGUUAUGUAUCAAGUUGAAUAUUCAUAAUAACGAUGAUAAGUCUCAACAGGCUACAAUAUUAGGUUAUCAUAAUGUUUACGGUGCACAAUACUUUUUAUUGGUGAUAAACUUCUUCAUGUGUAUUAUGCUCUUCAGCAAACCCAUGGCUCAAAUCUCACUGUUCCUGAUGUGCAAUCAGCUAUUAUCCAUUUUAGAAAUCAUUGAUUUAUUAAAACUAAAGGAAAACCUGAUCGGACCUGUCGCAAUUGGUUUAUUAUCGUAUCAACAGUUUUUUAGCACAGGUCAUCAGGCAACUAUCCCUUCUGUCCAAUGGGAUAUGGGCUUUAUUUUAACGGAGCGUAUAACUUUUCCGUUCACUCAUAUUGGCAUAAUAUUUAAUACCUUUGGCCCUCAUAUUAUUUGUGGAAUCGCAGUUGCACUGUUGACCCUGUUAAAACAACCACCAGGUGUCUUAAGGUCAAAUACCCUUCUUGCACGCGUCGUUUCCAAUUGCGGCAUGCUGCUAGUAUACCAUACAGUAUUAUGUUUGAGCAGUUUUAUCUGGGUAACCAAUUUUAGGAGGCAUUUAAUGGUAUGGAAGAUAUUCUGCCCUAGAUUUAUUUUCGCUGCUUUAACAUUGAUAGUAACACAAUUGGUAGUGACAUUUAUCACCGUAGCAUUUGCUGGCGGUAGACUUAUCAGGCAAAUAAAUAACAUUUUUUGGAAGUAA